GGAGUUGUCUCCGUGACUCAACAGUUUAAUAGUGGGCAUGUAGGCUACCAUCUUCACUUGAACAGCAGUUUUAAUGUAACGGUCUUGGUCGAUGACUGAAAUGCAGACGUUUCCAGAAACUACUGAAGGAAUCGAUCAAACCGCAAUCUGUCGCUCCAUUAAAAACAAUAUGCUCAGAAUGAUCGCCGCCUUCUAAGCUAGUAGAAGGCGGUAAUAGCCCCCAAAUUGGCGGCUAGUAAUAGCCCCAAAUUGCCGAUGUUUUGGGGCUGUCGGCAAUUUGUUACAUAUUUUGAUAGAAUGCUAAGAUAUUUGUUUCUGUAAAUCCAGCAUAUUAGGUGCACUCGUUUUAAUCGAGUAGAAAGUACUCUUAUUUCAAAUUGUAUGAUUGUUUUUGAAGAUGAUUAUCUAGCUGUUAUCUUGACAUGUAGAUUAUGGCAUUUGGCUUAUGAUCCAGAAAGAGUUGUCCUCUACUGCCUUAAGAUGUGCCUAAAAUAUACGCAGUAAAUAAUUUAGGAUUUUCCAAGACUCCAAACACGCCCAGGUUUGCUCAUUUAAAAAAAAUGUGUUUAUUUUCCAGUACCGCACUCGUGACGGUGGGGGCGGAGUCUGUCCGUACAGUUGUGUGACUACGCAGAAAGCAGAAUGGACUUUGAAUGGAGCGACAAAAAUAUGGACUUCGGGGAUUUUCGUACGAGCACUCCCCUAAUCUUCCUCACCUUCCUUCAACAGCACAGCUCUAACAAUGCAGAACUCAAGAGAGAGUUGAAUUCAUUGAGUCAUGACCUAAAACGUACCCAGAACAUCCAUUUCCCAGGUCUUGGAACUAACACUCACGAAGAGGGCGAGCUCCAAACGGAUGGACACUACGGCAGCAGUAGGAUCUUACUGGAGGAAUUCGUACCCCAGGUUGAACUGCCAUUGCCGAUGAGCCGUGCGGAUGAAGUAGCCGUUAGAGCCGUGGCUGCAGGGCUGAUUGAAAUAGCGGACCAGCUUGAGCGUAGAGUGGUGGCCCAGGCUUCUGAGAAUCUGACCAAGAAACUGAUGAAAUAUUCCGUUCAGCUGUGGAGGCACCACCUAGCGCUCGAGGUGGAGUGGUUGAAAAAGCAGGCCCUGGGCUCUGUUCUGGACCAGCUACCACAGGAGAGGGUUAUAUUGGCCCUCACUUUGACCCUGGUAAGGGGUGUGUGUGAGCGCGCCCCUGUACUGCUCAGGAACCUGUUCAACACAGCUCUGCAGUUCACUGCAGCCAGGUGACUUCGGCACAGAAGCCCAACCCCAUGGCAGGGGUAGGAAACUACUACUGUGUUUUCUCUUCUAAUUAUCAGGGAGAAAUUAUGGUCUGGGACAUCAGAUGAGUGCAAAUUAACAGAAGGCACAACCCUGAGGGAUGAUAGUGGCCUACCCCUGCCUUUUGAACUCUCCACACAGGACAGAUUAACAAUUAUUAGUUUGUUAUGAGUUACUUAUUUUUGAGGGGCAAACAUCACAAUCUGUUUUCAUCACAAGCUAUUCAGUGAAUAUAUAACUUUCAGUAGCUGUUGUUAUUGAAGUAAAAUAUAAUUUUCAGCUGGAAAUUACCUGCUCAGAUUUAACUUCAGCGGUUUCUGCUGUUAAUACUCAUAGUUCCUACUUUUACACUAUUGUUUUGAAUGGAUUGAUACUUGAAUUUUUUUUAAAAGUUUUCAUACAGCUUUGUAAUGAAUUUCUUAAAAGGGAUAUAUGCUCUGUCUUGAAAUGAAAGUAUGCCCCUUGGAUUGUCUGUAGUAUGUACCUCAGUGUUAAUCCUUGUAUCCAACAGGGAAAUAAACAGAAUUAUUUUAAUUCUAACUUGAAAAUGAUAAAUAUUGCUUUAUUGGCAACUAA